GAGGCAGAGUUUCCUCAACGUAGGUAGCGGGCGUAUGAAGCCCGACCAGCAAAAACAGCUUUGAACCGGUUUGUUCUCCGGCAAACAAGCGGUAUAAAACGGAUUCUGUGCGCGUAGCUGCUGCUGGCACACGGGUCUGCUCACACCUCAGAUAAAGCCUUGCGGAAGCUCGGCAUCUGCAUGUGAUGUUUUAAAAAUAUUUUUUGUAAUUCAAUUUCGAUUCUAUACAAAGAGUUAUUAUAGGGAGACCAUCCUUCAUGGCAACUCCCUGUAGCGAACGCGCACUUAUCCUGCAGUUGCCUGUUGUUGUGCAUGUGGCUGUUGUUGAUGUUGAGCACUGGAAAGGGUGUGCCUGUAAAAGUUCAGUGUUUCGUGCCAGAACCGAGGGGAGAUAGGCAAAAGGCAGGUUAAAGUACAAGGUAGGCAGUCCAGACUCCAAACUCUCCUCCUUCAAGGUGUGGUCUGUGUGAGGGCACAAAAUGGGCAGCGCAGGAUGAGAGGGUUGCACUCUGUUUUAAACAGGUGACCUGCCAGGCAAGAGCAGCAUCAACAUCAAGAUGUGAGUGUGUAUUUGGCAUUUAUCUACAACUUUAGAAAGGAACUUAGGACAUUUAUCACUUCGUUAAUCAUGAUUCAUGUCUCCAAACUUGCUUGUGAUUUAUUUUGUCUGUAUUCUCAUGCAUUUGUGUCGUUGCUUGUCCAGUCCACCUGUGCUUUUAACACUUUUUGCUUUUUUCCCCCCGGUUUUCCCCAGGAAACCUCCCUGUUGACAGCAUGAGUCUUCAGAACUCAAAGAAUGUGCUGGAUGGAGGUUGGGGAUGGGUCAUUGUUGUGGCCUGCUUCGUGGCCCAGUUCCUGGCCUACGGCUCCCCCCAGUCGGUGGGCGUCCUGUACCCGGAGUGGCUCCACGCCUUCCAGGAGGGGAAAGGCAUGACAGCCUGGGUUGGCUCCCUGGUCUCUGGAGUGGGACUCAUAGCCAGUCCGGUCUGCAGUGCCUGUGUGGAUAACUUUGGGGCGCGCCCUGUGACCAUCUUCAGUGGGGUUAUGGUGGCAGGGGGCCUGAUGCUCAGUGCCUUCGCCCCAAACGUUCAGUUCCUCAUCUUCUCUUACGGUAUAGUCGUCGGUCUUGGCUGCGGUCUUCUCUAUGCUGCAACAUUGACCAUCACCUGUCAGUACUUUGACAAGAGACGUGGCCUCGCCCUCGGCAUAGUCACCACAGGCACAAGUGUGGGAGGGUUCCUCUAUGCCACUGCUCAGAAUGAGCUGAUUCUUCUCUUUGACAUGGACGGCUGCCUGCUGAUUAUCGGAGCCUUGGCCCUCAACCUCAUGGCCUGUGGCGGCUUCAUGAGGCCUCUGAACAUGCCUGCCUACUACCUCAAACAGAAGGCUGCUCUGGAGCGCACAGAGGAGCAGCUCUUUGAGAACCCGCCUGCUGACGACCUCAAGACCACACCGAGCACCGGCGAGAGAACCUUGACGGUCAAGGAUCUCCUGAUCAUCAUCGACGCCAAAGACAUCACCAUCACCACAACUGACAAAAAAGGGGGCUUCAUGGCAGGUUCAGCCAUUGUGAAAAUGAUCAAGAAGAAGCGUCAGGCCUACUCAAAGUACAUGCACUCCACGGCUGACUUCCUGCACAACAGAAACUUCAUGGCCCUCUGCAUCGCCAUCUUCCUGUUCAGCCUGGGAGCCUUUCCUCCGGUCCUCUUCAUGGAGGAUGUGGCCCAGAGUGAGGGCCUCGUCGACGAGGUCAGCAUCAUCCCCCUGGUCUCCAUUGUAGCCGUCACUGCCGGCGUGGGCAAGCUGACCCUGGGCAUACUAGCAGACGUGAGGUGGAUCAACAGUGUGUUCCUGUACGCCUUCACCCUGCUGGGGACCGGGACAGCCCUCCUCCUCAUCCCCAUGUCCAAGAGCUACGUAGGCCUGCAGGUACUCUCCGCUGUGGUGGGCUUCUUCUCUGGGAACUGGUCCCUAACGUCUUACAUCACCACCAAGAUUGUGGGCCUGGACAAACUGACCCAAGCCCAUGGGGUCCUCAUGUUCUUUGGGGGAUUCGGGAUCGUGCUCGGGCCCCCUGUUGUUGGGUGUUUUUUUGACUGGACCCAGUCCUAUGACCUGGCCUUCUACUUCAGUGGAGGCUCUGUGCUCCUGGGUGGGGUCACGCUCUUUCUCUGUGCUCUGCCCUGGUGGGACAAAAAGAAGGCUGACAUCGACAGGCCCGACAUUCAGUACACCAGCAACUGUGACAAAGUUGCCUCUGUAGCCUGAACACUGACUUUCACAUCGACCUUGCUCUCCAGUGCUCCCAGCUAUUUUUGCUGAUAAACGUUAUACCGUUCAAGAGGUUGUUGAGAAUAUUUCCUAGUGCCAGAUUUCACAUACCUGAGAAGAGUAUUGAAGUAGAGUAGGCCUUUUCUAUAUAUCUUUAGUGUUUUUAAAGAUGCCUAUGUUGAGCAUUUUAAUUACGGUCUCAUUUUAAGAGGCCUAUUCAACAAAAUGUUUUUUAAACAAAUGAAUACAAUAGAUUAUGUUUACUUAGAAUGAAUGCUGUUUUUUAAGUUUCCGGAUCUUCACUGGGCUCAAAUGAAAAAUACUUUUUCUUCUGGUGACCCUGUGGAGAAAUGCAAACCAACAGUAGCCUGUGAAGAUGUUGGUUGAAAACACAAAAGACUGUUCAAAUUACUCAACAUAUGGAAAUGUAUAACCAUGCAAAAUUCCAAUUACAAAGAAUUUACCAGGUAUUUCCUGGAGGGAAAAAAUACAGGGAUUGGAAAAAAAUGAGGGAAUGCACUUUAAUGUACUCUUUUUAAUUAUAGCCGAACAAACUGUUUGUUUCUAUCUUACCAAAGCACCAGGAUGGUGGAUGCCUGUCAACACGUUAUGCCUGAUGAAUACAAGCCUUGCUUUUAAAGGAUAGAUAUGUCUUGUUUUUAAAUUCAUUGGCAUUGUGCUGUAUUUUACUUGUACUGUCCAAACGUGUUUGUUUGAGUUAGGGAGGUACUGAACACCUCACUUUUGUCUUGACCUGACUAAGAACUUGCUGAAGAAUAUGUGGGGCAAAUACCAGAGACUUUACAGGAAUAAAGUCCAGUUCCUCUAACUAAUGCAUGCUGGUUCUUCGUGGCAUGACCCAUUUCCUGCAUUUGUUCAGCAGGCUUGUAAAACUUUUGUUUUUGUCUGUGGUUUUUGUUUUUUAAUAGCACUAUAUUUUGUAGUUAUGAUUUUAUAUUUUUAAAGAAUAGAAUGAUUGUGAUUCCUGCUUUGUUAGUCACUUGAAGAUCUGAUUUUGUAUGUAAAAUGUACCACUAUAUAUAAUAAUAUUGUUUUAUUCUCAGUCUAGCGUCUUUGUAGAAGUAUUUACAGGGUUUAAAAUACAAUACUAAAUAUCUGUGAUCCAAAAAGGCUAGAAACAGUAGAGCUGUCACUUUUUAUAUGAUGUUGAACCACUUUGUAUUUUCUUUUUUAAUGUCAGUGUUACGGUAUUUAUGUUUGCAAUUUUUCUAUUUUAUUUUCAACAAAGUGCCAAUAAAAUGAAAUUCAAUAUUGUGA